AUGUAUUGCCCACAACAAGACUCGAGAAACCAAGCUGAGGCGUUGACUGACCCUCAGUCCAUGAGCAGCAGUCCCAGGAAGCAUCGCGGCCCGUUUCGCCCGAUCAACACGCUCUCCUCGCCCCGGAAACCGACAUUUAACACGGAUACUGUGCGGGCUGAAUCCCCGGCAGGAGGUCACUCUGACACAGAUUUCAUAAGCAAUUCGAGUUCUCUUUUCGAAGAAGCGCAACUAGAAACUCGUCGCGUUCCGUCAGAGUGCAGACUCUCCGAAACGGCUCAACUGCACAAAGGCGUUUCCGUGGAAGAUUCAGGCAACAUGGUCAGGGAACGGGAACCUCCGGUACCUAGCCAGCGUACCGAGCCUCCCCUUCCAAAGGUAUUACAAGAUCUGACAAACACUUCACCAGAGUUUGGAAAGACAAGUCCGCUACGGAACUCGCUCAAGAAAGAUAUCCAGAAGGAUCCAUACGCGCAUCUGUUUAACGCACCGAAACCGGGUCAGGCAAGACCCGAGCACCACCGUGUGCCCUCAUCGCAACCUCCACCGCCGCCAGCUUACGCCUCAAGCGGGUAUAGUGUAACUGGCUCAGGGCAUCAGCAUGCGCCGACCUUCCCACAAUCGUCAUCUUUAUAUAGCAAUGGAGGAGCUGCUCUACCACACCCAUUCAAGCGCGACCAGCCACAAGGCAGUUCUCGCUAUAGCACAGCCUCAUCCACCGGAUCUGACAUAGUUGAGAUUCCUUCUGCACAAUUUCAGCCACGUCAGCCAUCGUACAGCAUACCGAUUCCGAGGCCAAUGAAUCCCCCAACCCGAACCACACAGGCAGCUCCUCGCCCCACCUUCUCCUCAAUUAACCUUGUGAAUAACUUCCAACCCACCAACCAAGGCUUUAAUCCCGUCAAUCCGUUUCAUGGGCCUCGACAAACUAUCAUCCUCGAUGACCUCCCUCGUAAACGUGGCGAUGAUGAUGACGAUGACUUUGAUCCCGAUGCUGAGAUACGUGCGCAAGGCAGCGAAUUUGGUGCCCCCGACCUGUAUGCAUACGUGGAUCAGUCCAAGGCCAACGAGAACAUCAAGGCUCUUUUCGAAGGCGGGUUGGAUGACGAGGAGAAAAUUCCUCGAAUGAGGGGUCGGAAAAAGAAGAAACAAGAAGAAGAGAAGGCUGCGAGGACGUUGGCCGAAAAGCUACAGGCCCUAGAAUUAAAAGAACAUGAGGUGGACACAUCCGCUACAGAGGAAGAUGAAGACGAGGAAGACGACGGGACCGUCGACGGUAUGAAGGUCAAGUUGCUGCCGCAUCAGGUAGAUGGAGUUGCAUGGAUGAUUGAAAAAGAGACUGGAGCUCACAACAAGAGGGCCAAACUUACAAAAGGAGGAAUCUUGGCCGAUGACAUGGGACUUGGAAAAACCAUUCAGGCGAUAGCCGUAAUUCUUUCCAAUCCCCGACCAGAAAAGAACACCGAGCCCGAGAAUAAAAGGAACAAGAUUCUACCCUCCGUCGGAAAGGGCACCCUCAUUGUUGCUCCUUUAGCUCUCAUCAAGCAAUGGGAGGGGGAGAUCAAUUCCAAAAUCACCAGUUCCCACAGCUUGAAAGUCCUAGUACAUCAUGGAUCCAAUCGGACCAAGUCGUUUGAUAAACUCAAGGGAUACGAUGUAGUUAUCACCACAUAUCAGGUCUUGUCGUCCGAGCACGCUAGUUGCGGUGAUGGCCCCGAUGGACUUAAGAAGGGUUGCUUCGGAGUUCACUGGUACCGUGUUAUUCUCGACGAAGCUCACACCAUCAAGAACCGCAACGCCAAGAUGACUAAAGCAUGUUACGAACUGAAGUCUCACUACCGAUGGUGCUUGACUGGAACACCAAUGCAGAACAACCUAGACGAGCUUCAGAGCUUAAUCAAGUUCCUCCGCAUUGAGCCGUAUGCUACUAUGUCGAACUGGAAAGAAUCCAUUACUGGUCCAAUGAAGAAUGGCAGAGGAAAUCUCGCGAUGAAGCGACUUCAGAUCUUCCUGGGGCGACUCAUGAAGCGCCGAACGAAAGAUGUCUUGAAGAAAGACGGUGCUCUCAACUUUGGCGGCAAGUCUAAGGAUGGCCAAGAGAAACAAGGAUUCCAGAUUGUUGCCCGAAAUGUUGAAACUGUCGUUGGCGCGUUCACCACCAAGGAGCGCGAGUUUUACGAUAGGUUGUCCAAUCGUGCAGAGUCGCGUCUCGCGGAAAUGAUGGGAGGUGCGAAGACGGAUUAUAUUGGAGCUUUAGUACUGCUACUUCGGUUGAGGCAGGCCUGCAAUCAUCCUAACUUGACGAAGAGCAAUGUGAAGGAUGAUAAAGAUGCCCUGACAACAGAUUCCAAGUCCGGUCCUCGGUCCGGUACUCAGACUCCCCGCAAAGGACAGAACGCAGAUACAGACGACCUUGCGGACCUAUUCGGCGGGUUGAGCGUCCAGACUAAGCGCUGUGAUGUUUGUCAGCUUAAGUUAACGAAGGAUACCGCGGCCGUUGGUGCGAUUCGAUGCAACCAUUGCGAGGACGACUUAAAUGCUUCACAGAGGAAAGUCAAGAAACACAAGAAACACAAGAAACAUGGGCACAAGGAAAAGAGCAAGAAACACAAGAGAUCGAAGGGCGAACAAAGCGAGAAGGAGGGGAGCUCCAAACUCUCACGGCAGCGCCGGAUUAUUCUCGAUAGUGACGAUGAGGAUGAGAGUCAAGGUGAAUGGAUUGUUCCAGAAGGUCAACAGGUGGUCUUGGAUCUUGGAAAAGCUGGUGGGACUGACGACGAGAAUGCCGAAGGCGGUGGUGAUUCUCUCGGUUCGGAGGAUUCUGACUCAUUUGCAACUGAAGAUGAGGGUACGCCAUCGAAGAAGAGGCAAGAUGAUUCGUUCAUUGUUCAUGAUACGGAUGACGACGAUGAUGGCCCUUCUGUGCACAGGAAACUUCCUAAGAAGAGCAAGGUUAUUAACCUAGUUUCUGACGAUGAGAGCGACUCGAGAACAGACUCUGAUACAGAAGAUUCAGACUCUGAAGCCGGCUCGGAAGAGUCUGAAACCGGAGAAUCUGAUAUUGAGUACGACGCCUCGGAUCUCACGCCAUCCACAAAGAUCCGCCAAUUACUCCAGAUAUUGGAGAAGGAGACCCCCGAUCACAAGGUCAUUGUCUUCUCUCAAUUCACCUCCAUGCUCGACCUGAUCGAGCCCUUCUUGCACAGAGAAGGCUACAGCUUCACGCGAUAUGAUGGCAGCAUGCGCAACGACCUGCGCGAAGCUAGUCUCCACAAGCUGCGAAACGAUAAGCGAACGAGGGUCCUUUUGUGUAGUCUAAAGUGCGGUAGUUUGGGUCUCAAUCUCACGGCUGCCAGCCGGGUGGUUAUCAUGGAGCCCUUCUGGAAUCCGUUUGUCGAAGAACAGGCCAUCGACCGAGUCCAUCGCCUCAACCAAACCGUCGACGUAACAGUCUACCGCCUCUCCAUCCACAAUUCCGUCGAAGAACGCAUCCUCGAACUCCAAGAAGCCAAGCGCAAACUGGCCGAAGCCGCGAUUGAAGGUGGGAAAGCGAUUGGCAAGCUUGGUAUGGAAGAUAUCCUGAAGUUGUUUAAUCGCAAUGCGGAGUAUGAUCACCAAAAUGUCGAUGAUGGGAGUGAGAGGGCGAUCUUUGAGAGGACGAGGGUAUUAGAGAGCCCAGCGAAACAGGCUGGGCUUACGGGCAUGGUGGAGAAGGGUCUUUCUAUGAUGUUGGAGCCGACGAACUCGGGUGGACCGAGGAGGAAGCCUGGAAGUACGGGGUUAAGGAGAGUGGAGGAUAGUGUAUGGGGACGGCGUUGAGGGGGAUGAAGUCUUGCGCAUGGAGUCCCUGUGUCAAGGCCUAUGAUGAAUGGCUAGUUUCGUGUAGUAUUUGCGAUGAUGACACAUCUUUUCGGGGUGGCGUUGUUGGGCACGCGGAAUCGUGGUCAUGUGUGCUCAAUACGCCAAUUAAGCCAGUACAACCUCCUGGAUAUCGUGU